AUGAUCGACCAUACUGACUUCGCUGUCAACCCCCACCCCCACACGAUUCCGUUGGCUUCACCGCCUGAUGUCAUCUUCUGGUUGAAUGAGAAAGGAGCUCCUGCUUUUGACCUCAACACACAUUUGCAGUCCAGCAUGACAACGCUCAUCCCCCGUGAGUCUUACUCUUCGGAGGAGCUUGAGAAGCUUUAUCCGAAAGGACUGAAGCUACAGUUGGUGCAAGUCUUCCUGCGUCAUGGUGAACGCACGCCCGUUUCUUCACGAUUCCAAAAUACAGGCCUGAGUCCAUACUGGCCGUAUUGCAGCGUUGCAAAACGCAUGAUUCAGAUGGCUUCGAGCAGCGAAAACCUAUCCUCCUGGAACGGAUUUGAAUGGCGUCGUAAGAUGGAGACCUUCGGCGACAAUGAUGAAUCCUUGGUUGCUAUUGGAGCAGGAGGCGAGAUUGAGGGUAUAUGCCAACAUGGUGAACUUACAAACAAGGGCCGCGAAACGACCUACGCCUUGGGCCGGCGCCUACGCCAUCUCUAUGUUGACCAGCUUGGUUUUAUGCCUCAAAUCAAGGAAGAUUCUGAUGAUAUUUACUUGCGAGCGACACCGAUCCCCCGUGCCCUUGAGUCCCUCCAGCAGGCGUUUUGGGGCAUGUACCCGUCCAGCGCACGCACCCUUGACUUCGAGCCACCCGUAAUCUGGGCUAGAGCUAUAAAUGAGGAAACCCUAUUUCCAAACGAAGGCAACUGUCGACGAUUCAGACAACUGGCCCGUUUUUUUGCUGAUCGUGCUGCACAAAGAUGGAACAAAUCCGAGCAAAUGGACUACCUGAACAAGAUCUGGUCUAAAUAUAUGCCUGAAAGCUCACCAAAUGUUGCAGUGGACUCGCAUCCCCGUCUCUCCGGUAUCAUGGACACCGUCAAUGCAACCGAUGCCCAUGGGCCGGCCACCAAGCUUCCGUUUGAAUUUUAUGACAAGAAAGGCCGUGGUAUUAUGGAUCGGAUUUCCGUAGAGGAGUGGUUUGCAGGCUACAAUGAGAGUAAUGAAUACCGCAAGUUGGGUAUUGGUGCUCUCAUGGGUGACGUUGUCGACCGCAUGGUCAGCACUGCUGUGGACGGUGGAUGGCGCAGCCAGAAUCGAACACUUGAUUCUGCUGACCAAGAAGCAGCCAAGUCAAUCAAGUUUGCUAUGAGCGGCUGCCAUGACACCACCAUUGCGGCAAUCCUGACUAGUUUGGGUGGUUUUGAGAACGAAUCUUGGCCCCCAUUCACCUCUUCUAUCGCCAUUGAGCUCUUUUCUCAAGCUGGUAGAACCUCUGACGCUGGCACCAUGCUUGAAGAAUUCUCAAACCCGCCAGUCGCUCCCAAGAAGCCAAGCAUUCUUUCGUCCUUAUUUCAUGGAGGUAGUUCUGUUCCCAAGGAACCUGCUCCCUCUGCCACCGCACGCUCUAGUCUCUCAUCUUUUCCUGAGGAAUCUCGUCAGACUCUUCGUAAACACUAUGUCCGUCUUCGUUAUAACGACCGCCCCGUGCGCAUUCCAGGAUGUGCAGCGAAGGCCGAGAACCAUCUUGCUGGCGACGAUACUUUCUGCACCUUAGAUGCUUUCAAGGCUAUUGUCGACAAAUUCACGCCUGAAAGCUGGAUUACUGAGUGUGCACAAAAUACACGCGAGGGUCUGUUUGGCUCUGGUGACCGGGAGCAGAUCCUGGCUGGAUACGCCUGA